UGCAUUCUUUCAGGUAUAUGAAUAAUGAUAGGUCGUCUGUAAAAGCGGUUCUGUUGCCCUUAACUCAAUGAAGAUGUUGAACCAAGGAUACUGGGCGGUGUGUCUUACAACAUACUGUCUCUUCCAUGUGGCUUGUUCAGAUGACCCAUUGUCGGACAAAUCAAAAAAUGAUAAGAUCUCUAAUGUUAUUCAGUCUGAAUUGAGAGACAAUAAGUUAAUUCUUCCCAAUGAUGGCUCAAUUGAAAAAUCGGAUAACCCACCACAAGAUUUUGACUUCCGGUCUCUUGGUCUUUCAGAAGGACUUUCAAAAUAUUUGAACAACAUGUAUUCCUCAAGCUAUUUCUUACAUGGGUUCAUCGCUUCAUUAGCUGUUAUAAUUGUCUCGGAAUUGGGAGACAAAACGUUUUUCAUCGCAGCAAUCAUGGCUAUGAGGCAUUCUCGGCUUACUGUACUUUCCGGAGCUCUGUCAGCGCUGGCUGUGAUGACAGUAUUGGCGUCAUUGGUCGGUCACAUUCUCAGUAUGAUACCCCGGGUGAUAACAUAUUAUGCUUCCAGUAUUUUGUUUCUCAUUUUCGGAAUAAGGAUGUUCAUGGAAGCAAGGAAAAUGUCUGACAGCGAAGGAAUGGAGGAAAUGGAAGAAGUCCAACAGCAGUUGAAGAAAACCUCAGAUUCAGAAGCUAUCUCAGGUUUGGACCCAGAAAAGGGAGUAUUCAUUGGCACUGUUUCCAGUCACGGAGGGUUCAUACCUUUCUUAUGCUCGCUGCACCGGAGAGUGUUCUCGAAAGUAUUUCUACAGGCGUUUACUCUGACCUUCCUGGCCGAGUGGGGCGACAGGUCUCAAGUAGCUACAGUCAUACUAGCUGCCAGAGAACACGUUGGGGCAGUUAUAAUAGGAGGUACUUUGGGUCACGCUCUGUGCACUGGGCUAGCAGUGCUGGGUGGACGAAUGAUAGCACAGAGAAUAUCAGUCAAGGCUGUUACAUAUAUCGGCUCAGUCGUCUUCAUAAUCUUCGGGGUUUCAGCUUUCUUUUUUGCCCCCGAAAAACAGAGCUGAGAACAUGGAAGUCAGCACACGUACACACACCCCUUUAUGCUUGCAACAUGACAUAUUUUGAAAUUAAAAUGUUGCGUAAUCAUGACAGUGCUCAAAUAUUUUUCUCUUUAAAUGUAAUAUUAGCUAUUAUUUUGUAGUAUAUUGAUUGAUGUUACUGAUGAAUUUUUAUAUUCUCGUAUCCGGGUUGGAGUGUGUUGUCAGCUACAUUUUAUGUAAAGAUGUAAAAAUGCGUUUCAAUGAAGUACUUUUUGCUUAAGCAAUACUUCAAUAUUUCCCCCAAAAUGUUAGAAUUACCAGCUUCUUUUUU